AUGGGCGACAAAGGCCCAUUCCCUUGGCCCGACCCUCACUCGCAAAUGUCCUUCUCUGGCAGUGAGAGCGAGCGUACAAUGGCAGCUUCCAGAAACCCCUCGGAGAUGGGCGCAUCUUCGACUAUGCCCAUGGAUAUCGACACCCAACAAUCUCAAAUCCCGCGCCGAACCAUCUCCUGCCGUCACUUCUACUUCCCCACGCCACAAGAGGAGCACGAAGCAGAGCACCACAAGCAACCUCAGAACACCGCCAAGGAAGUCGCGACCUACCUCGUCGAGAACAUUGCUCCCGAGAAGCGCACUGACGCCGUCAAGACUGUCGCCCGAGCCCUCGCUCUCCGCCGUCUCAAGGAGCAAGCCCAGCUGCAGAACCAGCGCGAGAAGAAGAAGCAGGCCGAAGAAGACGACCAGAUGACGAUCUCCAAGUCAGCCUACAGGCUUCAUAUGGCGCGAAUCAAGGCGGCACAGCAACUUUCCGCAAGCUGGAUGAAGGAUACGGAGGACUCGUUGGACACGGAAUCGAUUCAGGCCCGCAUCAUUGACAUGGCCUUGGAGGAGAUGCAUGAUACGGCGGUGGCGCUUGAGAAGGGCAAAGAUCCGGCUUUUUAG